AUGUCUAGUCACCUCAACAGCGCGGACCAAGCAACAUAUGCCGCACACACCGUCGACGGAUUAAAAGCUUUGCAAUCAUGGUACAAUCGCGAGACGGGCCUCUGGGAUACUACUGGAUGGUGGAAUAGUGCCAAUUGCUUAACUGUGUUGGCCGACUUUGCGCUCGUUGAUCCGGCAGCUUCUGUCAGCCUGAAUAUCCCAGACAUCAUUCAGAACACCUAUGAACAAGCGCAAAAAACCCAAGUACAAGCGACAAAGAUUUUGUCCCCGAUAGGACUUCCCAUAUCAACGUACGUUAGAGUACCAAAGUCAAAAAGAUCAGAGAUUGGCAAGAGGGGUUUCGACAAUUUUCUUAACGAUUAUUACGACGACGAAGGCUGGUGGGCGUUAGCUAUGAUCCACAGCCACGAUGUUGGUGUACAGGGUAUUGGAGAUCAGCAGUACAUCCAAGCCGCAGUCGAGAUCUUCGAGGAUAUGAAGGCGGGUAACUCUACUUGCGGCGGUAUUUUCUGGAGCAAAGUAACUCCAUACACCAAUGCCAUCGCAAAUGAGCUGUUCCUUGCUGUGGCGGCGUCCCUUGCGAACCGGAUUCCCUCUCGAAAGGAUUACUUUCUCGACAUCGCCCAAAAUCAAUGGAACUGGUUCAAGAAUAGCGGUCUGAUUAAUAAGGAUAAUUUGAUCAACGAUGGACUUACCGACGACUGCAAGAACAACGGCAUGCAAACCUGGACUUACAACCAGGGGGUAAUUCUGGGUGGAUUGGUGGAGCUUUCCAAAGCCACGGGUGACAAAUCGCUACUUACCACAGCUCAGACUAUUGCUUCAGCUGCUAUUACUAAGCUAUCCAAGGAUGGCAUUCUCUUCGAGGGCUGCGAACCGAACUGCGGUAGCGACGGUUCGCAGUUCAAGGGUGUUUUCAUGCGCAACUUGCACUACCUGCAAGAGGCCGCGCCUAUGGAACCCAUCAAGAACUUCUUGCUCACGAACGCGGAUACGAUUUGGGCUAAGAACCGCAACGACAAGAACCAGCUCGGAACUACUUGGGCAGGACCUUUCGGAAAUGCCACAGCUGGUACGCAAAGCUCUGCUCUCGACACUCUGGUGGCGGCAGCAGCGGUGGCUUGA